CUCUAAAUUUUGAUUACGAGCGAGCGAAAAUGGCGCUCAACUUAGCCUCUAUGCUGUUAUUCGUUAUUAUUUCACUCUUUGCCAUCACUCUUGCUGAAGAUCCCUACAGGUUCUUCAACUGGAACAUUACAUAUGGAGACAUUUAUCCCCUCGGUGUUCGCCAACAAGGAAUACUUAUCAAUGGUCAAUUCCCAGGUCCAGACAUUCAUUCUGUUACCAACGACAACCUUAUUAUCAAUGUUUUCAAUAGCUUGGACGAGCCCUUUCUCCUAUCCUGGAACGGGAUCCAGCAGAGAAGGAACUCGUAUGAGGAUGGGGUUUUCGGGACAACAUGCCCCAUCCCACCGGGGCAGAACUUCACUUACAUACUUCAAGUGAAAGAUCAAAUUGGGAGCUUCUACUACUUCCCAUCUCUUGCAUUCCAUAAAGCCGCUGGUGGUUUUGGUGGCAUUAGGAUCCUCAGCAGACCAAGAAUUCCUGUCCCCUUCGAUGAUCCCGCCGGUGAUUACACUGUCCUAAUUGGAGAUUGGUACAAAUCCAACCACACGGAUUUGAAGGCCCAACUUGAUAGCGGUAAGAAGCUGCCUUUCCCUGAUGGAAUCCUCAUUAAUGGUCGUGGGCCUAACGGAGCUUCUCUCAAUGUGGAACAAGGAAAGACUUACAGGCUUAGAAUAUCAAAUGUGGGGUUGGAACAUUCUCUUAACUUUCUCAUACAGAACCACAAUUUAAAGGUGGUAGAAGUGGAAGGAACACACACCCUUCAAACUACUUACUCCUCCCUUGACGUUCACGUGGGCCAAUCUUACUCGGUUCUAGUAACCGCGGAUCAACCUGCUCAGGACUAUUACAUUGUGGUUUCCACUCGAUUUACGUCCCCAGUGCUCACCACCCCUGGAAUUCUUCGCUAUAGCAACUCUGCAGGCCCAGUAUCAGGCCCACCCCCUGGUGGACCUACCAUCCAAAUUGAUUGGUCCUUGAACCAGGCCCGCUCCAUCAGGACUAACCUGACAGCAAGUGGACCGAGGCCAAACCCGCAAGGCUCCUACCAUUACGGUCUUAUAAACACAACCAGGACCAUCGUAUUGUCGAGUUCAGCUGGUCAAGUGAAUGGCAAGCAAAGAUAUGCAAUUAACAGCGUGUCUUAUGUUGCCCCAGACACUCCUCUUAAGCUCGCUGACUACUUCAAAAUCUCGGGCGUUUUUCGUGUGGGAAGCAUAUCGGACAGACCCACUGGCGGUGGCGUUUACGUUGACACAUCUGUAAUGCAAACUGACUAUAGAACAUUUGUGGAGAUUGUCUUCCAAAAUGAUGAGGACAUCCUUCAGAGCUAUCAUCUUGAUGGCUACUCUUUCUUCGUGGUUGGUAUGGAUGGAGGACAGUGGACAUCUGCUAGCAGGAAUGGGUACAAUCUUCGAGAUGCGGUUGCGCGUUGCACCACUCAGGUAUAUCCCAAGUCAUGGACUGCUAUAUAUGUGUCACUUGACAAUGUGGGAAUGUGGAACUUGAGGUCUGAAUUUUGGGCACGGCAAUAUCUUGGCCAACAGUUUUAUAUGCGCGUUUAUACAACAUCAACCUCAAUCAGAGAUGAAUAUCCUAUUCCAAAGAAUGCACUUCUUUGUGGUAAGGCAAGUGGGAGACACACACGCCCUCUCUAAGCUAGCAAACGCCUGAAGGAUCCCACGCUUGGGCAGGGAAGGCAUUCUAGCCUUGGAAUAUGAAAAGAAGUCAAUUCUUUACCUUCUGAUUUUGAUUUUAUUGUUCGGUGAUUUUGGUAAUUUAUGAUGGACAUGUAUGAUUUCCACUAUGAAUGACCCCAGCUCGAGGUCACAUUCUUUCCCAAGAAAAAGAAAAAGAAAAAGAAAAAGAAAACAAUAUUCUAUUCCCUUUGUAAU